AACCAAUGAUGCUCAGGGAGAUUGUCCCUGUGAUUGGACAUGGCUGGGUCAUGUGCCUUGAGAAUGAAUGUGUCUUCUUCUGCGGGGGCUUAGAACCCAUGAGCAAUUCCUGAGCAGUGGCAGUUGGAAGAGUUGGGUGAUGCACCUUGGAGGUUCUCCAGCCACCAAAACAUCGGUGCCUCUUUCCAGGCAACACCAUGCAGGCCGCGGAGGGAAAGCAGCUGUUUGACCCCGUCUCUUUCGGGAAGGACCUCAUGAUAGGCGGGGUGGCCGCUGCCGUCUCCAAGACCGCAGUGGCGCCCAUUGAGCGGGUCAAGUUGCUCCUCCAGGUCCAGGCCUCAUCCAAACAGAUCCGCGCCGACCAGCAAUACAAAGGCAUGAUCGACUGCUUUGUGCGCAUCCCUCGGGAGCAAGGCUUUCUCAGUUUCUGGCGUGGCAAUCUUGCCAAUGUUAUCCGAUAUUUCCCAACUCAAGCCCUCAAUUUCGCUUUUAAGGACAAGUACAAGCAGAUUUUCAUGUCUGGAGUGGAUAAAGAUAAACAAUUUGGGCGAUGGUUCGUUUCAAAUCUGGCUUCUGGCGGAGCAGCUGGGGCAACUUCAUUGUGUGUAGUGUAUCCAUUAGAUUUUGCACGAACACGAUUAGGUGCUGACAUUGGAAAAGGUAUGGCUGAGCGACAAUUUACAGGCCUUGCUGACUGUAUUGCUAAAAUUGCAAAAAAAGAUGGAGUUAUUGGCCUAUACCAAGGAUUUGGUGUUUCAGUACAAGGGAUCAUUGUAUAUCGGGCAUCCUAUUUUGGAUGCUAUGACACCAUAAAAGGAUUGCUGCCAAAUCCAAAAGAAACACCGUUCCUUGUUGCUUUUGCAAUUGCUCAAGUUGUGACUAUAUUUUCUGGGAUACUGUCAUAUCCCUUUGACACUGUCAGAAGACGCAUGAUGAUGCAGAGUGGUGAGGCUGAACGUCAGUACAAAGGAACUAUUGACUGCUUUGUCAAGAUUUAUGGCCAGGAAGGAUUAAAUGCUUUCUUUCGGGGAGCCUUCUCAAAUGUUCUUCGUGGUACAGGAGGUGCCCUGGUGUUAGUCCUGUAUGACAAAAUAAAAGAGUUUCUUAAUAUUGAUCCUUCAAUAGGGAGAUCAUCUGACUAAGCCACUGAUGACAAUCUACUUUACCUGCAUCUCACACAGAGAUAGAAGUUUUCCUGUUCUGAGUAUAUUCAUUAUUAUACCACAAGUGCUGUAAAAAGUUAGCAUUCCUUACAUGGAUCUGCUAAUUCUGUAUGUACUCUCAAGCAGCUAAAGCAUGAUUGUUUCCUUUCAUUAAAAGUUGUGAUUUAUAAUUUG